AUGUCUUUCAGAUAUUUCUUCCCCCUGGCGAGGCGGCCGCUGCGCCGCAAGGGUCGGGGUGACGGUCGGGCUUGCGGCCCUCAAUUCGAAAAAUUCGUCCGACGACCGUUUCAUGAUAGGGUGGCGGCGCGUGCCUUCCAACAGCGCGGAAUGAAACACAACGCUUUUGACACAGAGAGGGUCAGACAAAUUACUUCACAACAACCGCGUCAGUUUAACGCUGCUCAUACUCCGCUUCAAGCGCUGAGAAGGGAAGUUAAAAGAGAACGCUUAGAUAAAGGAUUGGGAAGAUUUUUGCCAAAAUAA